AGCUCUCUAUAUUUGGUGGGUGGUAUGUAAUAUGUUCUUGGCUUCAUAACCCUCUACAGAUGGAGAGCACCGACUCGUCGUCCGGCUCGCAGCCGCCGCCGCAUCCAAACCUGCCGCCGGGAUUUCGCUUCCACCCCACGGAUGAGGAGCUAGUCGUUCAUUACCUCAAGAAAAAGGUUUCCUCGGCGCCCCUCCCAGUUGCCAUCAUCGCCGAGGUCGACCUCUACAAAUUCGAUCCAUGGCAGCUCCCGGAAAAGGCAACGUUCGGAGAUCAAGAGUGGUAUUUUUUCAGUCCAAGAGACCGGAAGUACCCGAACGGAGCACGGCCUAAUAGAGCAGCAACUUCAGGGUAUUGGAAGGCGACCGGAACUGAUAAGCCAGUUUUGAGUACUACUGAUGAGGGAGGUGGGGGUACUCGGAAAGUUGGGGUGAAAAAAGCACUUGUUUUCUACAGAGGAAAGCCCCCAAAAGGAAUCAAAACCAAUUGGAUCAUGCAUGAGUAUAGACUUGCUGAUAACAACACAAGUAACAAGCCACCUGGGUGUCAUGACUUGGGUAACAAGAAGAACUCCUUAAGGCUUGAUGAUUGGGUGCUCUGUCGAAUUUACAAAAAGAACAACUCCCAUAGACCGAUGGAUCAGGAGGACCCCAUGGACGAGAUGAUGGGAUCGUCGUUCCCGCUGUCAAAGCUGCACCACCUUCCCCCGAAAUCGACGACAUCAACCUAUGGCCAAUUCAUGGACAACGACCACAAUUUCUUCGAUGGGAUGGUUGGCAACGAAGGGCUCAAUAGUCCUGCUUCUUUUCUUUCGAACCCGGCUUUGUCGAACAGCUCUCUUCCUCUAAAACGACGACUCCCGAAUCUGUACUGGAAUGAUCAGGAGGACGAAGCUGGGCCUUCAAGGAGACUACAGCUGGACAGCAGUAACAGCUUCGGAAAUGGUUCUAUUGCCACUCUGCUUUCUCAGCUUCCUCAGACGCCUCCUCCAUUGCACGAGCAGCCAAUGCUGGCGUCACAGCUCGGUGGUGAUGGUCUGUUUCGUAGUACGCAGUAUCCACUUCCGGGGAUGAAUUGGUAUUCUUAAUCCAAUUUUGUGUUAGCUGGUUGGCACAUAUGUUCCGUAUGAUGAUGCAUAUGUUAUAAGCUUACUCUUGUUGCGCAAGUAGUAGCUGAAUAGAUUGGGAGUAGUAAUGGGUAUUUGAGAUAUUUUGAUUGCUUGCAACUGAGUUCAAGAGCUCAUCAAGUUCAAUCGAGAUGGCCAGUAAAACUUCAGGUGUGGCCAUAGAAAUAUAUAUAAUGGUAUACAUCAAUGUGUUAGCUAGUUUUUAGGCAAAAAGGAUUGUAGUGAAAAUAAAACAGAUUUAUACUAUAUUUUCUGUAGAUUAAUUUGUAGCUCUCUGUUUGUAUAUUACAGUUAUAUUUUGAUUAUUUUCUAAUCAACGAGGACAAACUUAUUAUUGUA